AUGAAUUUUAAAAAAGCCGCUGUUAUUUUAUUAACUUUAUUGACAACUGGUGAACAUAACAAUUUACUCAAAUCGGAAAAUUUGAAAUUUCGAUAUGAUAUAAUAUACGCCUUGCAGGCAGCCGAAUUAGAAAAGGAAACAAUGAAAGUACGACAACAAUUGAUCGAACAGCAAGAAGAAGCAAGGGCUUGCACAAAUCCUCAACAACAAGCUGUUUGUGCUGCAGUUGUUUCACGAACACUUGAUGACGUAUUGGACACCGGAAAAAAAAUGGCGUAA